CUGUCCUUAGCCUCCAGAAGCUUUAUAGUAAUAGGCUGAAAUUUCUGUGGCAUCAAAUUAUCCUAAAAUGUUUCCUACGGGAAGGGGACUGCCAGUAAAAUAUGAUUGUCAGGUCCCAAGGUUCGCCUCAACCCUUCAAAUUCUCAUCCCGUGUGUGAGUGUGUGUGUGUGUGUGUGUGUGUGUUGGCUGACUAGUAGUGAUCCCAAUCGGCUCACAGAUAGCGGCGCUCCUUUCAGCGCCACAGCGCGGGCAGCUGAGGCUCUGUGUGUGGGAGGGACUAACGGAGAUCUCCUCUCAGUGCAGUCUGCCUUCACAGUAUCGAGCAGGGCGAGAAUAUAUUCAAAGCAUAUUCACUGAUAAGCCUUUUUCAUCAGUCCCAGUUGUGCACCCUCGUCCGCUGCAGUGUCUAUGAAGGGGUGGAAGGGAUGCUGAAAUAACGCGGGAUGCUGUGGAGUGGCAACAUCGUGGGUGGAAGGCUCAGAGUGAACCAGCUGGUGGUGGAACACGAAUGGCUUCUCCAGAGUUGCUUCCCGCAGAUGGGGGAGGCAAACAGCCCGAUCAUCCCGACGUCCUUGACCGGGUUGCCAGCGCGCUGCAUAUCCGCAAAUCAGGCGAAUCAACAGGAGGAGUCCUCCCCGGGGAGGGCUUCUGUAACCAGGCACGCAGCUGCCAUGGCCGGUGUCAUUCAGCACCAAGGACGGCGCCGCGCAAGGCAGGCGCGGAGGUUAAACUCGGUCACCUCGGGGAGGAGAAAGUCCGGGUGUGCUGCGACGAGGAAUUAGAGACUUCUUUCACAUAUAUUGAUGAGAAUGUCAACUUGCGACUGGCCAGCCCGGAGACUAGUUGUAAAAGUACUCACAGACCCAUGCGUAACUGCGAGCCUUGCUCCGAGACUUUACCGGAGCUUUCCUUCAUGUCUGAGGAUGAUCUCUCCUUCGGGGAGGGCUCUGGCACGUCUAUAGACUACGGGUUUAUCAGUGCAGUCACGUUCUUAGUGACUGGGAUCUCUUUGGUGAUCAUCUCCUACGCCGUGCCUCGGAACGUGCAGGUGGACCGCGACAGCGUGUCGGCGAGGGAGAUGGAGCGUCUGGAGAUGGAGAGCGCCCGGAUAGGUGCCCAUCUGGAUCGGUGCGUCAUAGCGGGACUGUGCCUGCUGACGCUGGGCGGCGUGGUGCUCUCCACGCUGCUGAUGAUCUCCAUGUGGAAGGGGGAGAUGUACAGGAGAAAGGUCAUCGCUUAUUCCAAGCGUUCAGCCAAACAGUAUGGCUCCAUCAGCUUGAAAACUAGAUCCAGUCCCAGCCACUCUUCUGUGCACUUGUCCCUGGACGAGGAAAUAGAGGAAUCCUUGACUUAAAAUACUACUCAACAUAAAAGCAUUUUGUGUAGAACUGACGAAUUAAUGCCAUUCACACACAUUCUCUAACACACUGUAGCUUAAAACUGUAUUUAUACAUUCAAAGUGUAAUUCUGCACUAUUUUUCUGCAGUAGAAAUAGCUUGAAUACCAUAUUGUAUAUCCUCAUGACAACCAGAAGGGACAAGAAAAGCACUCAAAGUGAUGAAUGGCCUGAAAUAAAUUAUGUGGUAUAAAAUUUGUUCAAAAAGAUUUUAAAUGAACCGUGAAAGGAAAUGGUAGGAAUGUUAAGAGCUUUGUGUCACAAACGGUGGAUCUUUUUGUACCCAGGAUGCAAUCUCUGAGAGCUUCCAUUUAUUAUUAAGGCUAUUCAUAUUUAAUGUGAAUGUUUCCAAGAGCAAAAUUGUGCAGAGACACAUUUCAGGAAGUAAGAGAAGUGUGUAUCCCCAGGGCAGGUGAGUGGGAGUGAGGAGGGAUGUGGAGAUGUCCCUGUCCACUGUGAUGUGAGAGAAUCAGCUCAGUGGUCCACAUGGUAAUAUCCUGUGACAGUCCCUCUCUGGUGCAGUGCUGAGGUAAGCCAGUAAAGCCCAGCUUCAUGCAUCUGAGCCAAAGCUCCACGUCGGUUUGGUUGUAGUGAGCAAUUUGACUGCAGUCGACGGCGCUGACUCUGUACACCCUCCUCUGCUCGCACUUGAUCCUCUCUGCACUUCUUCACUUCUUUUUUCCCUCACCCUCUAGUUCUCCUGCCAGAGGAGACUUUUUAUUCUCCUACAGGUUUUGCAAUGCUCUCCUCACUGUAAUCACACUAUAAGCAUGUAGAAAGGGUCCAGAGUGACCACAGUCAAGUGCCUGUGACAUUUUAAGGUUGAUGAGCCUUUCCCUACUCUGCUCCUUUCAUUUUCUCUUUCCCUCUGCGUGAAGACAAACUUAAGAACAUCUAAUCAUACAUGAAAGAGAUGCCCUAUUUCCAAAACCUUAAGCCUUCACUACUUCAGAGAGCUAAUUAUGCUUCCAAAGUGAGAUGUCAUUCUUUUCAAAAGGUUAUACUUGAUGUUAUCAUGGUGAUUUGCUGACUAAAAUACUGCAGUUAUCACAAAAAGCUUAGGAAAAGAGGUUUAUCACGUGCAGACUUGCUAAAAAUGUUAAUGCCCCAAUGUCCAGGCA